AUGGCGCAAGCGCUGAAGCUCUUCCAUGCCGCUCGGCGCGCUGCAUCGCGCGCAGCUGACGCGGGCCCAUCACCGCUUUCCGCCUUCCGCAAUUCCCCGUCGUCCCCACUUCUUCCGCCGCGCUUUCCUCCGCCUUGCGCGGGCAGCCCUUUCCCCGCCAAACCAUGCCCGUCCGUGACCGAUCAAGCGCUAACCGGCGGAAUAAUAGAACGUAGCGCUACUCACCUCCGCGCCCCCAUUAAUGAGUCAUUCGCCGCCGCUCCAGCCUUUCCCCCCGCCACCCCACCAUCCACCGCUCUCCGCGCCGUUUCCGCCUUCCGCCACUUCCUUGCCGCGCCCGCGCCUUCCCCUUCGCCAUCCCUUCCGCCACCACCCGCCGUGCAUUCCCGCGCAGCUUCGACCCCUGGCGGAAACGGGAUCAGCGGGGCCACAUGCGGGGGAGGGGUGCGCGUGAGGGGGAUGAGCGGGGGAAGCGGGGGGAGCAUCUAUGUGCGAUCGACGCGGGAGCCAAGCGGGUUGGCAUCGGUGCCGCUGGUGCCGCUCGUUCUCGGUCUAGCUGGUGCCAUCCCAUUCGUCACCCUCGCACCGCCCAUAUGCUCCCUCGUUCCCCUCCCUGAGCUGCUGGCAACACAGCCGGCAGCAGCGCAGGCGGCGUACGGGGCAGCCAUCCUCGCCUUCCUGGGGGGACCGCACUGGGGGCUCGCCAUGGCCCGAUACGCCGCCACCACGUCAGAGGCGAGUCUAGGCAACUUCUCAGUCUCAGCUGCCCAGUGA